UAUAUUAGUAGAGUGUUAAUAUAAGUGUAUUAUUUUAGACCUCGUAAAGUAUGGCGUGGACUAUAAUAUUGCUAUUGGAAAUCAUGCUGAUUCGAGGGCUAUGUCAACGAGUGAAAAUGUAAAUGUUGCGGAGAGAAUGCAGGCGGGCCCCAGUGCAAUUAGUUCUAAACGUCGCAAACAAUGUAACACCGACAAUACGAUUAAAUGUAAACGGGUAAAGGUGAAACGAUUACACGACAUUACGACGACCGGUUUUCAUAAAACGGGUGAAUCAUUAAAUAGUCAAAUUUUAUGGUUUUACAAAAAGAAUAUUGAAAAUUUAGCCGUGUAUCAAUCGUUUUUAUCGGCAACAAGAGACGAAUUAGUUGAAAAACUACGCGACUGUCUUAAAGAAAUGGGACCGAUAAAAUUCAACUUAAAACUUGAGGCGACUUAUAUUAUGCCGAAUAAUGAAACCAAGUACGAAAAUCGGUCAUUUAAAACGUCGGCAGCCGAAUUAAUUAACGAGGACGAUAUCGAUCAUGCUGUGGAUAUUUCAUACACAAAAUUAUUAAAAGAACAGGAAAAUUAUGCUGGUAAAGGUAGUAAUUUCUCGUUUUCUAAUAUAGACGGUAUUUUACUGGGUGUUUACAAAUAUCAGCCUUUAGGUGGCAAUUCUUACAUUGAUUUGCCGCAUGGCAUUAAAAUGAGAAGAGCUGUAAUAAACCCACAAAAUAUAGAUCAACAAUGUUUCAAAUGGGCUAUAUUGGAGAAAAAAGUUACGGAAGGUAAAAGACAUACAGUAGAACAAAACUAUAAGUCUAUAGAAAACUCUUACAAUUUCUCCGGUUUAUCUUUCCCAACACAGAUUUCAGACAUAAAAAUUUUCGAAAAAAAUAAUCCGCAUACUUCAGUUAAUGUUUUCGGACUAAAAUUAAAAGAUAUACAUAAUAAAUCCGAAUAUUUAGUUUAUCCGCUGAAAGUGUGCGCUGAAGAACGUAAAGACCAUAUCGAUUUGUUAAUUGUGUCAAAUGCCGCGGGUGAUAGUGAUUACAUUUAUAAUACUGAUUUUGGUCGAUUGGUACAAUCACAAAUAACAAAGAAUACGGCAAAAAGGAUAUUUUGUAAACGGUGUUUCACAGGCUUUAAUAAUAUACCUAAAAAGUAUAAACUACAUGGAGUUGAGGUGCUAGAAGAACAUAAAAAAAUUUGUGGCGAAAACAAACCGUUUUUACCUGUAAUGCCUGAAGAGGGCACUAAAUUAAAGUUCGAGUCAUGGGGCAAAACACAGGAACAUCCAUUUGCAAUUUAUGCUGAUUUUGAAAGCCUGUUGGUCAAGUCCAACAAUGAUACGAAAGGCAACAUAAAUUUUNACAAGAAAACGAAGAAAACAGGUAAUAAAAGCAGUGGGCCUGGGGAAGCAGUCAAUCGUUUCAUGGAUGACGUAACUGAAGUGGCGUUGAAAAUUGAAGAGUUGCUCAAGACGAAUGUUGAUAUUUGUAUGACACACGAAGAAACUGAAGAACAUAUAAAGAAAACCUGCUGUGACUUGUUUUCAUGUACUAUUUCUUUUACCAUAUGA